CUACCUCCACGCUCGCUGCUACGGUCACCCAGAGCGCUCUGUGCUCUCCCCCGUGUUUAUUUAUACGCCCCCAGCUACCACUCAUCACAAAGCGAUAGCCGAAGGAGGAAGAAGAAGCAGUGGAGUCGUCCCCGGCGACGGUGAGCAAGAAGCAACCGAGGCAGUAGAGAGAGGGAGGACGUACGACUCCACUGUGCGCCUGUGUAGUCUUAUGGGGGAAGAGGAGAACAACAAUAGCACCAGCAAGAACAGCCGCGGCUGCGACGACGACGUCAUGGUGGAGUCUCCGGCGCCGGCGAAGGAGAACGGCCGCGCCGCCGACCCGCGGCUCCAGGGCAUCUCCGACGCCAUCCGCGUCGUCCCGCACUUCCCCAAGCCAGGGAUCAUGUUCAACGAUAUCACCGCGCUGCUGCUCCGGCCCGCCGUGUUCAAGGACGCCGUGGACAUGUUCGUCGAGCGCUACCGCGGCAUGGGCAUAGCGGCCGUCGCAGGUAUUGAAGCUAGAGGAUUCAUAUUUGGCCCGGCAAUUGCGCUAGCCAUCGGAGCAAAAUUCAUACCGUUGCGCAAACCUAAGAAACUCCCAGGUGAGGUAAUUUCUGAGACCUAUGUACUUGAGUACGGGACGGAUUGCUUGGAGAUGCAUGUUGGAGCUACUGAACCUGGUGAGCGCGUAGUGGUCGUUGAUGAUUUGGUCGCAACUGGUGGAACACUUUCUGCUGCAAUAAAACUUCUUGUUUCUUGUGCUCGAUCUACCAUGCUACAUCGACGGGGUGUAUCAUUGUUUUCAUUUGUCAAGUCCGCGAAUAAUAAAACACACAUUUUAAGCUUAAAAAAUCGUUUGUUUAACAGACAAGCAAUAGAUAAACUAAAUUGUUUAGGAUCGAUAUUUGUUAUGGAAGUAAUAUCACGAUAUUUUUCAUCAUAAUAAUAAACAUUAUAUUCUGACAUCAAAAUAAUACAUAUUAAACGAAAAUAAUUUAAAUAGAUAAAAAUGGACAAAAAAACUGAGAGAAGUACAAGAAAAUGGAGUAAUGAAUUUGUAUAUCGUGUGCUGCUUCAGUAAAAAAAUUAAGGACGCGAAGCUGAAUUUCAUGGAUCAUAGUGGAGAAGGAUCAUGUGAUAUUGUCAAGCAUCAAACAGCUCAGUGAUAAUAUGUAGAGUAGAGGGGCAUCAUGUUCUGUUGACCUUAAGAAAAGUGUGCUCCCCAGUGAGUCAGCGGGACAAACUGUUUAUUCAUGGGACAAAAUCCUGUCCGGAAGAUAUGUCCUAUUGAGUGGCUAAUCACCUACAUGCAUGAUAAGACUGGAGGCAUAAUUUUGAUCUUUGAUCUUGCAACCGAAAAGUUCGUGGAUAAGAAUCGGGCAUUCAAGACCUUCCCUUUUCUCUUUUAUGGCACCAAAAAACUCACUGUUAUAGUGUUUACAUCUGUUUAUACUUAUUGCUGAAACUAUUUGCA